AUGCCUACCGGCCCAAAGACUACUUGGGAGGACCUUUCCAACCUUGGCUGGCCAAUUCAGCAAGUCUACGAUAAAGCGAAUGCAUCCCGUGGUCAUAGUAUGCAUGGGUUAAAAGAUUUGUCCUUGAAUAAUGGCAUUGCCUCCGAGUAUGAGUGGUGGUGCUACAACGUCGCCAAAGGCUCUCCUUCUGUCAAGGGUCACAAUACGAAUAGCGUCAAUAAGGACGAUACAGUCUGGAGCUACGACAACUCACACAACUCCAAACCUUUCAAAACCUCUUGGAGUGAGAAGUGGACUGAGACCACUUCAGCAACGCUCUCGGUUACUAAUAGUGCUUCUAUCUCACUCUCACAAUCCAUAGAGAUUCCCGAAGUGGGAGGAUCCGAGUUCUCUAUUUCGGUCUCCACAGAAAAUAACAAGAGCCAAACCAAAGAGAACUCCCACGAGUUGAGCAAUACCUGGGACAUAACCGUUGGUCCUCACGAGAAAGUCUUUGUCAAACGCACCAUCACCACCACUACUGGCACUGCUGAAUACGGCCAGCAAUACGGAGUCUCAGGCAGCCUUGGAACUAAGGGUGACAACCAUAUUAGGUAUCAGGGCCACUACUAUUGGGAGAGGGACGUUAAUUCUCUCCUUGGAACUCCUACCGGGACGGUAACUCUCCAGGGCGUCUACAAGACCACAAGCUACAAUUACCAGCUUAUUCGCGAAGAUAAAAAUGGCAAGAAGCAGACUUCGCAUCUACCUCGCCCGAAGCAUUAA